AUGUCAUUCUGGGGCCCCUGGGGCCCGAAAUUUCCUUCCCUCCCGUCACGACCUGAUAUGGAAGAACUCGCAGCAGCAACGCGGCUUUGGCCAGCCGCCAGUUCGCCUACCCCUCCUCCGUCGGACGCCCGUGAUGCACUCCAACAGCACACCAACAACAACAGCACGGCACCGUCUGCGGCCCUGCGUGCUGCGUGGGCAAGAGGGGGGAGGGAAGCAUGGCUGGUUGGGUGUCGGGUGGCGCUGGCUCUCCUGGCAGUGGCGUUCCUGAGGAUGGGAGAGGACUCUGCACAAGUAUGCACUCAUGGCUGGGACAGCCCCUUUGCUUGCAUGUGGGUCGCUUCACUGCAGGCUCGGCGGCCGUCGGCACCAGACGAGGGCUGGAGCAUCAUCCCUCCCCAGCAGGUGGCCCUGCUCUCCAUCAGGCAGCGGUCCAAGCUGCUGGGCUCGCUCGGCCUGCGGACCAACCACAGGAAGGCACACUCCGUCUACGCUCUCAACGUGACCGAGGGCGGCACAGCUGGGUAUUGGUGCCUGGACGAGUUUCGCCUGUGGACGCCGGAUGGGCCGGUGGCGCUCAACAGAAGACGUAUUCAUGGGAACGGAGAGAUGGAAGAGAGAGAGGUGCAGACGGGUUGCUGUGCGUGUGUGUCUCGUUGAUGCAGCUGAUGCGGCGUUUGCUGCGUCGGCGUCUCAGGACUUCCCUGCCAAGCAUGCCGUCGACAGAAAGGAAGAGUGAGUCAGUCAGUGAGUCAGUGAGCGAUCCGAGCACCUCAGGUGUGUAUCUGCGUGUCAUCCAUCAGCAUUUUCUGCAACGAGGGCGCCUCGGGGAUGCUCGAGAUCACUGUGGGCCGCAACAUUAAGGUGGGUGACCCACAGGAGCGACAAACACACACAAACAAAUGCGUCUCCCACGUUGCCUGGAUCCUUUCAUCAGGCCACCCGCUACGCUAUCCGCCCGGCAGCACAUUACCUGGACAGAGACCCGAAGUCGUGGACACUGCUGGUGAGCAGAGACAGGAUGACCAUCUGUGUGCAUCGAUGCAUCCAUACCCAUGCAUGCAGGGCAAGCGUGAGGGCGAGGGUUGGGACAGCCUGCACGAGGAGGCCAACCACAGCUUCGACGACGACCGACACGCGGACCAUGAGUUCGACAUACCCGAGGCUUUCGGUGGGUGAGGUGACCACACUGCAUGCCAUGCCAUGCCAUGCUGCCGUCAUUUGUCCAUCAAGCGACCUGCCUCACAUGUAUGUCUCUGUCCUCAGUACAAGCAACGGCCACCGAGCAGCCCCCACCCACAGUCACAAGUGGGACGGACGGGACAAAACAAGCAACAGCGGCACUCUGUCGGUGUGUGUGUUGUGUGUCUCGAUGUCUCUGUGUCUCUGUCCGUCUGUGUGCACAGUUAAGGAUUGUGUGGGGGAGUGGUCGGACUGGUCUCCGUGUACGCUGAUCGACAAGGGCGGCUUCAAGCGCUGCCUCAAGAAACAAAGAUUCAGGUGCCUACAGCACGCACAAGCAGAGACACUGUCAUGCCCUCCCUCCCUCCCUCCCUGCCCACUGUCACAGUGUGCUGGAGCCCGGCACAGUGGGCGGCGUGGCCUGUGAGGCUGCAGACGGCCAACAGCAGAUAGAAGUCUGUUCAGAGAGCCCCUGCAUCGGUCAGCCAGCCACAACACACUUAUCCCUCCACACACCAGACCAGCCUGUGUGUUCGUGCUGUGCUGUGAGGAGUCAGAUGAGCUGCAGGAGUCGGGCGGUGGUCGUGCCGACCGUGAGUUGUCGGGUUUGGGCGACCGCGAGGAGAAUGUGGGCGAAGGUGACUUGAUCGACGAGGAGGAGGGGCGGCUGGCGGCCGAGUGCAUGCGCAAGGACGGCACCGUCUAUGAGGGCACCAUCGACCCCGUCACGGGCGAGCUCCUGUGCGAAAAAGGUGACAACCGAGCAGGGAGGGAUGGAUGCCGACAAAUAUGUAUUUGUUGAGUCACACGGGCAUGUGUGUCGAUGUAGAGGAGGAGGCCGGCGGUGGCGGCUCCAGGUGAUGGAGGAUAGGAUGAUGUCAAUGAAGGAGCACAGAAACGACUAUGUCGGUCUGUCUGUGUGCAUGCCAGCAGCAGUCUCUUGUACAUAUGUGGGUCGAUAGCUGUCUUGCUCAUUGCCGGCGGCAUCGCAGCCAUCGUGUUUGUCGUCAUGAGACCAAAGGUAAAGGUGCCUGAAACACCACAUACACGCACCCCACCCACACAUGGGGUGUCUCCCUCCCUGCCAUGUCUUGCAGACACCCGAGGCGCCAGUGAGAGCCUCCCAUACACACGAAAUCCGGCCAGAAAACACUACCGCCUGCUCUCUGUCUCUGAGCGUGCUAUGUUCAGGAGGAGGGUGCCGUCCCAGCUCCCCCCGCCGCCCCCCGCCAAGCAAGGCCGCCGAAGCUUCUGAGCCAGCAGCAGCAGCAGCUGCUGCUGCCGAGCCAGCGGAGCCGAAGGAGAAGAAGGAGAAGAAGGAGAAGGAGGUGGCGCCAAAGAAGAAGAAGGUGGUCAAGAAGAAGGCUGAGGAGAUGAACGAGGAGGAAGCUGCAGAGAAGAUACAGAAGUGAGUAGGGAGGGACGCUGAUCACACACACACACAUUAUUGUUGCGUUGUGUUGUGUUGUGUUGUGUGUGUGCAGGAGGUGGAAGACCAAGAAGGCCAAGGCCAAGGCUGCUGAAGCGGCAGAGGAGAAGAAAUAGACAUUAUCACCGACUGCCUAGGGGGGCGUGAGUGUGGGUGGGUGGAUGGUAUUUGUGUCCUGAAUGACCUUGAUUGAUAUGUGUGUGGGAGGAUGUGUGUAUGUGUAUGUCCGGUCUCAUGGCCGGCCAGGCAUUGCUGAC